AUGGAAACUAUAGUCCAGGGAUACUUGAACCCAACAAAAACAAUAUUCUCCAAUGAAGUCUCUCCCAUCACCAAUGGAUACAGCUCCUCAUCUGAGGAGGAAAAUUCCCAGAAUCCCUGUUACCCAGCAUACGGAUCUCGGGCUGAUGGAUCCUCACUGUCUGAGGGAGAGGGUAUGAUAGAGAGCGACCAUUCGGAUACAAUUUUCAAGUUCAUAACCGAGAUGCUGAUGCAGGAGGAAGACUUGGAGAAGAAGCCGUACAUGCUCCACGACUGCUUGGCUCUCCAAGCCACCGAGAAAUCUUUGUACGACGCCCUCCACAACAAUUCUGAUCACAGCCCUUUUCCAGAGCCCGAUUUCGAGUCUCUUGUCAGAGACGACCAGUCGCAACCAAAACAUAACAAAACGAACAGCCAUGUAGAAAAGAGAGACCGCCUUACAGAACGCGUCGAAUUUGCGGAUCAACCAAGCAACAAGCUAUUCGCGAGCAGCAGUGCAGACGAACCCGAACCGCUAGAGAUGUACGACAAUGUGCUGCUGUGUUCCACCACGGACCGCACGCUGCAGCUACCAUCCCAUUCCCACUCGAAUAAGAAAUCACCAAUUUUCAAGGAAAGACCAAAGAGAGGACGGCCGAGAAAAGAAGGCAAGAAGAAACACGGGAGCAUCGCCUGUGACACGGUUGACCUCACAAGCCUCUUAGUGCAGUGCGCACAGGCCGCAUCGGCCUUUGACAUCCGGACAGCCAACGAGUUGCUCUCUCGGGUGAGGCGGCACUCCUCCCCACGCGGUGACGGCACAGAGAGGCUCGCCCAUUACUUUGCCAAUGCCAUUGAGGCCCGUUUGGCCGGCACAGGGACCGAACUCUACGCUGCCAUCAUCUCCAAGAGGAUAUCCGCGGCCGAUGUCCUGAGAGCCUACAAGAUGGCCAUCUCAGCCAGCCCUUUCAAAAAGAUGUCCAACCUUUUUGCCAACAAGUCGAUCGGGAAAAUUUCUGAGGGGGCGCCAGUUCUCCAUGUCAUCGACUUUGGGAUCCUUUACGGGUUCCAGUGGCCAUGCCUCAUCAAGGGCCUAUCCGAGAGGCCCGGGGGUCCCCCCAGGCUCCGGAUCACGGGUAUCGACUUCCCCCAGCCGGGGUUUCGUCCGGCAGAGCGCGUGGAGGACACAGGGCGGCGCCUUGCGAGAUACUGUGAGAGGUUCGGAGUCCCAUUCGAGUACAAGGCAAUGGCGUGCAGGUGGGAGACUGUCAGGGCCGAGGAUCUGGGGAUCGAAGAGAAUGAGGUAGUUGCGGUCAACUGCUUGUACCGGCUUCACAACGUGGAGGACGAGACGGUGAUUUCGGACGGCAGCCCGAGGGAUGCGGUGCUGAAGCUGAUGAGGGAGAUAAAGCCGCGCAUAUUUGUUCAGGGAGUGGCGUACGGGACGUACAACACGCCCUUCUUCGUCACAAGGUUCAGAGAGGCGCUCUACCACUUCUCGUCCAUGUUUGAUAUGUUUGAGGAGACUGUGGCACGGGAGGAGGAAGAUGAGUUGAGGCAGCUUUUUGAGGAGCAGAUGUUUGGGAGGGACGUGAUGAAUGUGAUAGCCUGCGAGGGAACGGAGAGGAUAGAGAGGCCGGAGACUCACAGGCAGUGGCAAGUUAGGAGUGUGAGGGCAGGGUUCAGACAGCUCCCUCUGGAUCAGGAGAUUGUCAGGUACGUGAGGGGUAAAGUGAGGAGGGAUUAUCACAAGGACUUCUCGGUGGAUGAGGAUGGGGAAUGGAUGCUGCAGGGAUGGAAAGGACGUGUGUCUCAUGCCAUCUCCUGUUGGGAGCCGCUGCCCAACUGA